CGCACGCCGCGCUACAUCAGCAGGCAGCGUCUGCGGGACUCAGCUCGGCUGGUGACAGUUGGACGUGCGGUCUCCUGGUGAAGGGUGCGAGAUCAGCUGCGACCUCAUCGAUUUUUAAGGAAACGAUUGAAAAAGGUUCAUCAUGGGAAACAAGUUCAGCAGAAGGCGGGAUGCCCCUGAAGCUGCUUCCCCUGAAGCUGCUUCCCCUGAAGCUGCUUCCCCUGAAGCUGCUGCCCCAGAACAGAAGACUGCAGAGGAACCAGCAGCUGCAGAACCAGCAGCUGCAGAACCAGCAGCUGCAGAACCAGCACAAGACUCUGAGAUAGUGCAGACUCAGCAGGCUGUUGAGACGGAGAACACAGCAGAGCUGGUGACACCAGUGGCGUCUUUACCUACUGAAGAGUGUAAAGCAGAGUGCAAAGAGGCUCCUGCUGCCCCACUAAGUGAUCCAGAACCAGAGCCAGUGGCACAGGAGACCCCAGCUCCAGUCCAACCUGAGCCUGCGGUCCCAGUCAGUGAACCAUCACCUCCUCAGCCUGAGCCAGAACCAGAACCAGAACCUCAACUGGCUCCAGAGCCAGUUCCAGAGCCCAUUCCCGAACCAGAGCCAGGAGUUGAGGCAGUCCCUGAGUCCAUUCCUGAGUCAGCACCAGCCCCACCUGAGGAUCUGGAGCCGCAGACAGACAUGCUUACCGAAGAGUCUCUCCCUGAGCCAGAGAUUUCUUCACCAGCUUUGAUCGACCUGGGAAUCCCUGACGCAACACCCCAACUUAUUACCGCUGAUCCCUCCCCAGUUCCUGUUCCUGCCCUCUUUGAUGCAGACGAGCCCUCAGACAUUCCAGUGACCGAGGAGUGCCACGGCGGUUUCGAGGUUUCCACGCUUGAGCCCGAAGAGCCUCAAGAAACGGCAGAAUCCGUGGAGAAGCCGAUGGAGGUGGAAGCUGCUGAGAAUCUAGAGCAGCUCGUGAAUGAUCUCAACGGGGAAAGUGUUAGCGAACUCCUGCAGAACUUGGAGCUGAAAGGAAAUGACCUUGUCGCCGACCUCAUUCCAACUGAUGUCAAGAUCCCUGACGGCACUCCCAUCCUUGACAUGACUCCUGCAACCGAGCUGAUGUGAAUCAACAGAUGAGGAUUUAUGAAAGAAGUAAAUAGAUACUUUUCUGUGACACCCUCCUAACCCUUUACAUGAAAUCUGAAAGAAUCACAGAUGCAGUGUUUUGUUUUGUUUUUUUUACACCUCAAAUGGCCUCGUAAAAGGCAAACAGCCAUGAUCCAACGUGCCAAAUGAACUCUGGAGCAAACUUGUGUCUCACUACACCCACAAAAAAAACCACAGAAAAGUCAUUCUAAUAUGUUUUUGAUACGUUUAUACAGCCAUUGGGUGUGUGGGUGAGGGGUAAAACUCCACGGGGGGACUUGUGUGUACUUGAGUGUAUUGUUGGACAACAGAGAUCUUCCUCUAUGCAAAUUCAAUGUGAUCCAAGCAGGAGUUAAAAAAAAAAAAUUCUUGCGUGGACUUGAAGAAAAAGGUGGCAUUGCAGGACAAGCGUUGGUCAAGUACAAAGAGAAAAAUAAAAUCUUUCUCAGGCGGGUGUAAGCUGAUGCAAAAAACGACAGGCAAGGGACAGAAGCAAUGCAACCAAAGAUGGAGACAGUAUAUGCAUACAUGCUAUCUAGCAGGAAACAAGCGUCCACGAAACAUUUAUGUAUUAACAUAGUCAUGUUCGGACCUUGCAAUAUUCCAGGUGUGAUCAUCAAAUUUGUUGUAAUGGGAUUCUUUAACCCAAGUAGUGGCUUGCUUGUGAAAAUAAACAUAUUAUUCCACAUGUGUCA